GCUCUAGUUAAGGGGGAUAGGAUAGGGAAUGCCUGUUAGAUGCAUCUUGCCGGUAAUAGCACACAUCAGCCACGGCACUGCGACUGACAGCACAGGCAGAGAGCGGGGGACUGAGCAGCUGAGCACAGAAUUGUACAAUGAGAGAGAGAGAGAGAGAGAGAGAGAGAGAGAGAGAAUAACUGAAUCAGAUUAUCAUCAGCACGUUGGAGAGCGCAAAGCACAGAGGACUGAGUGAGCGCAGGAAAGGAGGAGAAGAAGAGGAGAGAGGAAUACAGAUACAGGAUUGUGUUGUAUGGGGGGGGGGCAAAAGUUUCCAGCUCCCCAGGCAGAAAUCAGUCCUGAGGUCAGCAGUAGGGAGGAAGAAGUGGAGCAGCUGAGAGUUGGAGAGAAAGAUUCACAGGCACACACACAGCAUAUCAGUGUGGAGAUCCAGGGGACACUACUGAAACUUACUGACUCAAGGACGUAGCUUGCUGUAACUCAUCAGGGUAAUAAUGCUCCUCGCUGGACUAGGACUUCUCUGCAACUUCUCCAACUCAGGAGCAUGAGAGCAGACAUUGGACACCGGACAGACGACACAUAGAGCCGGGAAUAUUGCCUGUGUCUUCCUUUUACUUACCCGAUACAGUUUAGUCGUGCCAUUGUUGGGGGGAUAGAAAGAUUCAGAGUUUCUGGGCUUGGAGAUCAGAGAGGGAGAGAGGAGACUGCUGGAGGGGGAGAGUUGUGUCCUCUCAUCUCUGAGACAUGGUAGAGUGUGUUACGGUAGAGAGCCCCUCAGCAGCAGUGUUAGCCCAAGAGCAUGGAGAAGUCCAGCAGUGAGGAGUCAGCCAUUCACCGCAGCCCAUCCGUGGAUAGCCUCGACUCCGACUUUGUCCGCGACUCCACGUCUGGCCGCCCUUUUGGCGGCCGCGGGUUCACCGCCGGCGCGUUCUACGGCUCUACGGGGCCGCGCGGUACCACGGCACAGGGGCAGGCUGGGACAGCGGCCGACACCAGCGUCAACGUCGGAGGAGACAAGAGCAGCAAUAACAAGUACACGGCGCCCAAAGGCAGCAAAUACGUGGUCUUUUACCUGGAUCUAUCAUUUGUGUUCCUUUUAGAGUUCAAGAAGUACAACAUGGCACGGGGCUGUCUCUGCUGUUUGAAGUACAUGAUGUUCUUCUUCAACCUCAUCUUCUGGUUGUGUGGCUGUGGGCUGCUGGGCGUGGGCAUCUGGCUAUCUGUGUCCCAGGGCAGCUUUGCCACCUUCUCACCCUCCUUCCCGUCGCUCUCCGCUGCCAACCUGGUCAUCGCGAUCGGCGCCAUCGUCAUGGUGACCGGCUUCCUGGGCUGCCUGGGAGCCAUCAAGGAGAACAAGUGCCUGCUUCUGAGUUUCUUCAUUGUCUUGCUGAUAAUCCUGCUGGCAGAGCUGAUACUACUCAUCCUGUUCUUUGUGUAUUCAGAUAAGGUCAGUGAAAAUGCCAAGCAGGACCUGAAGGAUGGCUUGUCUCUGUACAACACAGACAACAACGUAGGCCUUAGGAAUGCAUGGAACAUCAUCCAAGCAGAGUGGAAGUGUUGUGGGGUGGUAGGGUACACAGAUUGGCAUGAGGCCCUCAAGGAGAAAAUGGUGCCCGACCGCUGCUGCCAGGAGCACUACCAAGAAUGCGGACGCAACUCCACCAACAUGUUUUGGACAAGGGGCUGCUAUGAGAAGGUGGAGGAGUGGCUCGAUGACAAUAAGCAUCUCAUGGGAACCAUUGGCAUGUGCAUCUUGGUAGUGCAGCUCCUCGGCAUGGCGUUCUCCAUGACACUGUUCUACCAAAUCCAUAGAACGGGGAAGAAGUACGACGCUUAGCGGGUGACAGAAGGCACACAGUGAAACGAGCCCCAUACGCUGCCUGAUGGGAAAGACUCUGGAUGACCCCCUAUCCCCCCCUUACCCACUGCAUCACUAAGCCUCCCCAUUCUUCCCAGAAACCCUGUACAGACUGCAGCUGUCACCCUCCUCCUCUGCUCUGUCCACUCCACCAUUCAUUUGCCAAAGAAAAAUCGGACUGGAAGAUAAAAGGACAAAUAUACUUUUGGCAAGGAACCCUUAGGUUAUCGCUCUCCUCUUCAGAAGUACAUUUCUGUUUUUGGGGUGCUUGUACUAACAGUUUUGUGGGAAGUACGCAUUUUGUGAAACGACAAACGCUUUACUAAUACUCACAUCCCCCUGCAAGGCAAAGAAAGAGAAGACAACAAAACCGAUAUUGUAGUUCCCUCCUGGCUUUCAUGGAUUUUGUCGUGUUGAUUAUUUACGUUAACUUUCCCUUGUAAAUGAUGAAAGGCUCCAACAUAGCAUGCUAGUUUUCUACUCCCUGGAACUUUUUGUUAUUGAAAAUGUCAGACAACAAUGUUUUUUUCCCCAUUACAACAUGAUUUUUUUUCUAAGUGUGUUCUUAAUGCUCAUAUGGAAUGGAGUGUUUGAUAUGCUAAGUCUUAUCUCUUGUCAGAGCUGUAAAAUGGAUGAGGCUGUGGAUGGCCAGAGGUCAGGGGUUAGGAUCAAGGUUAUAAUGCCAGGAGUCCUUAGUGCGUGGUGCUCUGGAUUCAGACAGGUUCUUGGAACGUCAGGAAUGUUCUGUGAUAGGAAGAAUUACAAAUCUUGAAAUCAAUAGUCAUUUCAACCAAAUCCCCCAGAUAACCAUCUCACCAUGCAAGACACAAAGAAACAUACCAGUGUUGUUCUCUUUUCAACUUCCACCUACAUUUACAUUUCAAAGUUUAGUCAUUUAGCAGACACUUAUCCAGAGUGAAUUACAAUUAGUGCAUUCAUCUUAAGAUAGUCUAUAACCACCAGUACUUCCAUUCUGAAAUAAAAUAAAUAGACGGUUACAAAAUGAAUGUUUAAUACGGGCCCGUCAGGACUGGCACAUAUCUGGUGCUCUCUCUCUCUCUGAGGGCUGAGACUAGUGACUGCAGCAUUAGAUCAGACUGAUGGAGCUGCUACUGCAGUGGAGGCAGCGUGAGAUUUGAGAGGAGAGAGAGAACAGAACUGCUGGAUGGAUGGCUGCCUUCAAACGUCUACUGAUCGUCUGAAGAGUUUCUCUGCUGUUUCUCCUCUUGCACACCUGAACUCUUUUUUUUAAAUCCCUCUCUUUCUCUAUCUCCUUCUCUCUCGCUCUCUCCUCUUCCUCUCUCUCUUCCUUUUUACAUGUCAGAACGGCAGGAGGGAUAGAAACUCUUCGCAGUACACAUUUCCACUGACAUUCCUUCUAGACUAAGUGAUGAUGUAUCUAUCUAUACCUCUAGUCUGGAUGCUACUGCUGUUGUAGUUUUCAAAGCACAUCCCCUGCUUCAGUCUGUCACAGAGGGGGUGGAAGGUGAGGGAGGGAAUCGGAUCAAAAGGUGAUGCAGUGGUUUAGAUACGGCAACGCGUCCUGUUACUGGCGCCACAACGUAGGUCAAUGUAUGGCUCAACCACAGGAGUCCUGAACAACAAGUGUAGUUCUGUUCAGGCCACUUGGAUAUCUACACUCUAAAUUACUUAGGAGGGCUUUACCAACAGGAUCAUGUCCAUUAGGCUCCAUCAAAACAGACCGAAACAGUGUGGGACUACCUGGAAACGCACAUUUUCCAAUGCUUGCCCUAAUGAACGCAACCCAGUUUUCCUUUAACAUGUCAUCGUGCAGAAGAAGAGGGAACUUUAAGAGGCUUUCACUGCCAACCGUCUGCUUGUAGUAAUCGAUAAACUGAUUCAUCAUUAACAUGGAGGUUGGCUGAACUGGCUGAAUGUUUACUGUACUUUGGGAAAUUUGAUAAGAAGUUAGAUAAUCGGGCCCAGAAGUUGCAAAGCUAAAAAAUGUAAUAUUUUUAUGAAUUUGACCUCUUUUUCUCCCCAAUUUCAUGGUAUCCAAUUGUUUAGUAGCUACUAUCUUGUCUCAUCGCUACAACUCCCGUACGGGCUCAGGAGAGACGAAGGUUGAAAGUCAUGCAUCCUCCAAUACACAACCCAACCAAUGAGACAAGGAUUUCCCUACCGGCCAAACCCUCCCUAACCCGGACGACGCUAGGCCAAUUGUGCGUCGCCCCACGGACCUCCCGGUCGCGGCUGGUUACGACAGAGCCUGGGCACGAACCCAGAGAGUCUCUGGUGGCACAGCUGGCGCCCUUAACCACUGCCCCAGCCGGGAGGCCCUAAUAAAUGUGAUCUUACAAAUGUAGGAGGGUUAGGGCUAGGAUUCUGUUUGGGAUAAGAAGUGUAAGAACUCUGACACUGCAUUGCUGCUACAUGAAGAAUAAAGGGGAAGUAGAGGUAAUGUAACCAAACACAGCUAGCUCAGAGACACUGCUGCCUAGCUUUUACACUCUCCGUCUGCAGCAAGGAUCAUCUGCAGGAUCAUCUAAGGUCAUUAAUUAAGGCUGAUUAGGACAUCUUUAUUUGAACAUAUUGGGAUGUACAUACCCUACAUAGUGGUAGAUUCGGGCAGAUGCUGGUUUGUGGGUAGCUGCGUCACAGGCUCAGUUGGUUGUUGCUCACCUUUACCUCUGAUUCACCGGAUGCCCCCGUCAUACUCCACAGGGAAAACAUGACAGCUGCUGAUGUAAAGCACAGGUUUCACAUCCCCUCAGCCUGGGUGCAUCCACAAACAGUCGUCACAAUUUAGCGCUCCAGCAAAUUCUGCAAGGUACAUGCCAGGAUAGACAUUUGUACCGACGUGACAGUUGUUUUUGGUCCCUUAAGAACUUGUUUGCUGUAGAGUGUAGACCUACAUGUGUAUCCUUUGUACCUCCCUUGUAAAUCCUUGCACCCUCUCCCUUGAGUAAGAUUGGGUGGUGGUGAGGGGCGUUUUAUUUGUCACUAUGUUUGCUCCCAGAAGUAAUACUGCAUCUAACAUCAUAGACUUAACUGAUCAUAUCUGUGAUCAUUACUGUAUUGUAAAAGUCUGACAUUGCCACAUUGUGUGAACUGAUUUGGGGUGGAAUGGUUUGAUGUUGAAUGAAAUGCAGAAUAGCCUUUUCAGCAUGAAGAUAGAUAGAUAUAUAUUUAAAAAUCCUGAAGACGAACCAGCUUCACACUGUUUAUAUGUCAGACGUGGUUCAAGAAUUAUCUCAAAAUCCCAAACUGUUUUUCCGUUGUCAUUCAUGUAACUGUCACUGCCCUCUUUGAAAUGUCAGUUUUCAACCAUUCAGAAAUGUUUCUGUUCUUCUGAAGGAAUUCAUUCAUGUCUUUGCUUCUCUCACAUUCUCCCAUCGUCAAUUGGUUUCUCAGUGUUUUAACAAUUGUUGUUUGUUCAUGUUCGUAGGGGUGCAGUAUAAGAAGGCCUGUUACUUUAACACAAAUUGUUUUUGUCUCUUGCUUUUAUACAAUAUGCUGUUUUACUAUGUUCUACUUGGCUUUGUUUUGUCUGAAGCUCACUGUCAGUUAUCCGGAGAACAUAACAUCAUUAGUAUUUUAUCCUCGGGAUUAUAAAAGGAUGGUUAGACGGGAGAGUUGAAGAUAAAAUAAACUUUCCUGUUCAAGGUGCAACUAAACCACCUUCCUGUCUUAACUUUGCCACAGGCAUUUAUCCAAGUCCCGUUUUGAGGGAGGAACAUGCAGUCAGAGUAGGACGAUAUAUGAAGAUCUUUUAAAUUAAGAGUGCUAUUCUAUUAUCUGCAGUAUGUCUUUAACCAUGCCUGUACCACUUUUAUAAAUGCCUGCCCAACCUUGCCCUGUGGAAUGUGUUAAAUCUCAGAUGACACUGACUAAGCAACAUAAAUCCUUUUACUGCAUUAAGCUUAUGCUAGUCCUGAGUGUAAAUAAUAUAAUUUCACAAAUGAUCAACUGUUGCAGUUGCACCUCUACAGUAGGAAGGAACUCAUGAACCUAAUACCUAUUGGCAUCAUUUGAUAUGAAAUUCUAAAUGACAGCAGGAUCUUACCAACUAACACCUACGCUCUCUCUGACUGUAUAUUUUUGGAAAUCAUUUUCUCAGCUGUAUGGGUGAUAACUAAUAUCCUACCCAUUAAUUGUUAUUUUAUUCAUAUUUUAAUCCUUUGAUAGUUUGUUUGCAUUUGUACAUUUUCAUUCAGGAGCAGUGUAUAUGAAAUGUUCAUAUGUUUUUUGAGGUUAGUACUGUAUUCAUGUUUUUACACUAUUGCAGCUUGUAGUGAGAGAUACAUUUCAUGCAUGGAUUUGGAAUGAGCAUUAAGUAUUGACUCUCUUCACAUGGAAACACUGCCACAGACUAGAGACGGAAAGGGAAGAAUGGUUGUUGGGGUUUUGUCGGCUAUGAGGGAAUUUGAAAGGAAGCAGCUCAUUUCUAUCUACCACCUUUGACAUAUUUGUAUAAUCUCUUCUCUAAUCCCCCACCACUAAAGCUGACUAUCUGAGCUGUUCUGAAGUGUAUGCUCUUGAAUAGUGUGUUUGAUGUAGUGGCAAACGGCAGUAUUAUCUGCUCCAUGUCAGCCUUGUCCUGUGGAGUUUCUCUGCUACAUGUAAAAUCACUCUGAAUAUAAGGUGGUGCACUACAUUUCAUUCUUUAAAUCCUGCUAUUUUUUGAAAUAAAGGAAAGUGUGUCGUAAAAUUCCA